CAAAGCUUCUCCUUCCGCGAGCCUUUCCUCUGGAUCGUCCUGGCAUAAAGCGAAGAUGGUCAGAGGAGAUACUGGUGCCUCGUCAACAAAACCAGGAACUACUGGGACGAACAGAAAGAGAUCGAAUGGGCAUAAUUUGUAUCGCUUGUUUCGUCGAAGGGGACCAGCAUCGCGGGUCGGCGGGCGGUUCGAGCACUUUUCUCGCGCUGAGCUUUGGCACGGCAAUGAGGACGAGCUUCGACAUCGUUUGGGAGCAGCAUGUGCGCGUGGGGCUGAGGGAAAUAGUAUUGCGGGGAAUGCAAAAAGCGCAAAGGCAACGCAAGAGCAGCAAAAGCGCGUGCACGCGUUCGGAGGAGACUUCGAGACGCUAGCCAGAAAAUUUCAUUUUUCGCAGAAGGACGAAAAGACCAAAAAUCAGAAGAAGAUGCAGAAAAUUAAGGGUAGGUCAAACGUGUUCUUGUUACCGUUAGUUUUGCCUUUCUGAAGGGGGAAAGGCAUAACGAACGGGGUGAACGAACACCAAAACCCUACCGCUAAGAAGAGCCAGAAAAAGUUGCAGAAAAUGACUGGAGCCGUAGGAAGUGGUGCGAGUCCUGGCGGUGGAUUUUUCGGGACUGGUGGAGGUGCAGGAGGAUCUGGGAAUUCCAAUUUCGGCUUCCUCUCCUCAGGCGGCGGCCUCUUUGGAAGCAGUCCCAAGGAAAAUUCGGAGGGAAAUGCUUUUGUCGAAAACACAGUUGCGAAAAUGCGAGACGGGUCGUCGAACAUCGGCGCGAGUGACUUUCUCUCGAGUUUUGGAAACCGCGACGCGACGAGCAGCUCCUCUUCGGAUAGCGACGAGGACGACAGCUACAAUAUUUAUGUCGUGUACAACAACAACAUCUUGCUAUUACAUCACAUACAGCUUGCAUUGGAGUCGGACAUUUUCCCGAUCAUCAAUGAAUUGUUUCUUUAUGUUUUACUAUGCUCGCACGGCUAGCUUGGCCCUUGUCUUUGCUCUAUUCAUACCUGAAAUGCACAUGCGAGCGGCGAGUCGCACCGACGAGAAGAUCCUCGCGCCACCGGACACGCCGGCUACGGGGGUACGCAGGGAGGCGAGCCCACCGUCUCGCGGGGUAACUUCGGAGAGGGUGGGCUGCCUAGCACUAAGGCCAUGAGAGACGACCCAGUUUUAUCUCUUUUGUCUGACAAAUACCGAGGUCGCGGUGGCCAUGAUUUCGUAGCUGCUGGAAACAGCCCGAGGGACCAGCCAAAAUCGCCGGUAUUUCCAAGAUGGCAGUAGUCACUGAUCAUCCUGCAUGUUGCAGAAGAGUGUCCGCAGCCAUGUGCGAUUACAAAUAUGUUGUGAAAAACUCAGGUCGCCGGCUCUGCUCAAGUGCAGACGUUCGGUUUUACGCCACGCCAAGCAGAGGAACUGGACGAUGUUCGGAGGGCCUUCUCCUUAGACUACCCGAAUCCAAUCGACAUACACGAGUUACAGAAUUGCUUGCGCUUCUUUGGCUACAACGCUUGUCCGCGCGUUGUGUACGAAGCGCUGGAACGAUGUUCGUUUAUAGGUAGUAUAAUCUCUUGCUCAACAUGCUUUGUUGAAAGUAAUUUCACGUCAAAGUGCGACCCUUUUGACAGCAAGGACGGAAUUUACGAGAAUCUCUUCUAUUUCACACUGAUUGUCUACCUCUACAAAUUCAGCUGCGAAUUGCGGUCGAUUUAUCACCUUCACGCCCCUAAAUGGUGCUGAAUAUUUGGAGUACAUGAUGCAUUUCAGGGAGUGUGAUAGAGAUUUCUGCCGCUACAUCUUCGAGAUCUUGUCAUCUCCCUUGCUGUACUCACCUGGAAAUCCUGAAGGCGAUUGCGAUCCUGGUGAUUCGGGAACAGCUACUUUUCUCGGCAAUGUUGGUGGAGCAACAGGAGGCAGUGGCUCUGGAAGCAUGACAGCUGGCGGGACGGUUUCGAAAAUGAUGUCUAUUAGUACGGCAACUGAUGUAGAAAAUGCUUCACCGAACCUUGCUUCCUUUUUUCAGCAUCCUCGUGGGCGACGCUCCUCGAGCGAGCUGAGGCGUGGAAGUGGCGAGAUGCGCGGAAGUCGGCGUGCCUCAGGCGAUAUGCCACUCGCCUUGGCAUCGCCAUUAGUAAAAGCCGAGGCGCGGCGACGCACCAGCAAUACGGGUCUCAACCCGUCCGCGGGUGCUUCCGCAUUGAUUGGCGAAGUGCUGUCCGAGCACCAACAGAAUACUGGCGCAGAGUAUGGUAUGGCCUGCAAUGAAGACAGCUCUGUGAAUUUCUCACUGUGGCUCAUUCCUGGAACACGGGUCUGUUGCUUGCAAAGUAGACAUUGAAACUCAUAUUUCCCCCUUUUACUUGGCUCGAUAGUAUAGCUUGAAACGCUUCGACCAGUGCUUAUAAUUAGAUUAUUAUGAAUUGUGUGAGGAGGAGUAGCAAGAAAGUAAACUACCGCGGACGGAGUUAGACCAUUGUUCUAGGUCAAAGCUAUCUAAUCUACGCGAUUUCGAUGUGGCGCCCACUUACCAGCGUGACCGUCGGAGCUCGUUACAGGCGGUUUGCCUUUUCGGAGGCAGCUUUGCAUCGAAUCUCUUGUCUGCGUUGGAAUGCGUAUCCGCACAGCCAGGAGACCGCACUCUGUUGCUAAAAGCGCUUGACCGGUCGCGGAUUCCGGAACUACGCGGCGUCUUGUCGGAUUUGGACACUUUUCUACAUUUUUUGGACGUCUUUCGAUUGGUGUUAGGAGCCAAGCGAGAGCACUUCGGCUUCGGGCGAGAAGAGGCGAAGUUGCUACGGGACGUGUACAGAAAAGUUUUUACACGAGAUAAAUCGACACUGACGAGGACGCAGCUUUUGAAACUACUUCGCGAUCUCGGUCUUUGCUACCACGUGAGGCUGAUGCCGGACCGGUUUCAAAGAUAUGCUAGUGGAGUCGAGUUGGAAGGAUCCAAAAAUAUUUUCCAUGCAUAGAUUGGUUCUGAAAAUAACGAUCAGCUACGACCCCUUGCUAGAAGAAGAUAGGCACGUUAUGUACAGUUCCACCCAACCACUUCGCGGGACUUUUGCUUGACGUCCUCCUUCAUAGAUCAGUCUUGCAGAUCAUUUUUCCGGCUGCGGCGCCCAUUUCGGCUUCUACCUCGCCGGUCGCAGCCAACGCGGCUGGCGGCCCGAGCGGAGGAGGUGGCCAGCCACAUGCAGUUACCAAUAGCAAUAUGCCGUCAACAACUGGAGCUGCUCAUGGAGCUUGCGCAAUGCUCACGGGUACUACCACCGCGUCAGGGCCGUCGGCGCCGGCGGAAGCGUCACUCACAUUACAGAACGUGGAACACUUUCUGCAGAUAUUGAGGCUCCUCCUAGAUGCAGACGAGCACGUGGAGUACCUUGAAGAACGAGAAGCCGCGGAGCGGCUCCAAAUAACAUCAGACGAAGAUAUGAUCAUGCAUAGGUCAUUUCUUCAAUUCUCAUUUCCAUUCCUUCGCGUCUCAAAUGACAGGGUGCCUAUUUCCUCGUAUAGACAGGGCUGCGCAGCCAAAAUGGAAAAUGAAAAUGUUUCCUCAAGCUACCAUUUUUAUAUAUAAGUACAUGGGCUGAAGCAUCCUGAUAAAAUAGAUAAAAUAUAUUAGUUUAACUGCUCUUGCCUUGCGUCUUUAACGUCCGCGACCUCUCGUUAGAGGGAAAGAGUGUGAUGGCUACGAGUCUCGUUUUGGAACGAGCGAAGCACGAACUUGUCUAUACAACAACUUGGUCUUGUGGUCAACUACGCUUGAAUAUGCAUAUAAGUACCUCGCAGUGUAGAAGAUCAAGAUCGAUACUGCAUUUCAAGAAAUUCUUCCUGUAUCAUAGGUGCGGGAAGUGUACCCUUCUUCAUUCCUGAGACACUGCAGUUGCGUGAGGUGUAUCAGGAGUACGUGGAGCUUGCCGACGACCGGCCUUUUGUUGGGCUGUUCGCAGUGAAGCAAAUGCUGAAAUUACGGCUUCCGGGAAUCCAUCUCCAGAUGAAGCAUCUUCAAAAUACUCUGCGUAAGGGGAAAAGAGACCCAAGAUGAAUUGAGUCCGCAUAUGGGUUUCUCUUAAUUCUUUUAAUGAAGGUUGGCCUAGAGAUGCGGUUGUCCAAAGCUGAGCUGCGGCAGAUGCGCGAGUUGUUUGAGAGACACGCAAUAGCUUGGAAACGUGACGAUGGACGGGAAACGAGUGUGUUGACUUUCAGCGGCUUCUUGCGUUUUCUCAAUGAUGUUCUCACACAAGACUUCGCGGGCAUCCUACAAAAAUGCGUCGAAGCCGUAGAAGUCACGGAGUCCGCACCUCGAGUUACUACCCUGCGGGAGAAAGACAACUUCUCGUUCGGAGGAGACUCAGGUUUGUUCCGCUUCGUCUGUUGUAGUUACAAAUUUGACCUCUCUCGAAAAUUGAUUAGAAAUAUGAUAAAGAGAAUAUUUAUGUUCCAGCGUUCAGGGGGGCGGCCCCGUAAGAGCUAGCGAGCGCAGUAUAGACCGCAGGCUUGAACACUUUCCCCCUCCCCCCCCUAUCAUAGGGGGGGAGGCUUGCGCGCUCCUAUGCGUCACACUUGAAAGCGUGACGCGCCACGCUCUUAUAACGUGAAGCGCCACGCUUCGACGGCGUGACGAAUGAUACCGAGUAGAUAACUUGGAGGGUGAGCAGCGUGACGGAGCUGAGGGAUGACCUGAGACAAAUCCGCGGACGGCCGUAUGCUCUAAGACAAACCCGCGGGCUGCCGUAUGGUCGGAGACAAAUCCGCGGACGGCCGUGAGUAUUAUCUGGCGCAAGUUUAUCCGUGGUCGGCCGUAUGGUCUGAGGCAAAUCAGUUGACGGCCGUAGGAUCUGAGACAAAUCCGAGGGCGGCCGCGUGAUCCAUCGGAGACAAAUCCGUGGCCGGCUGGAAUAUGGUCUGAGAGAAGCCCUCGGCCUGAUUUCGACCGGCCCGCAGAAUAGAACCACCGACCCCAAGCCCAACACCACAAAGAUACGACCACGAAGGCGCCAGACCAUGGCGGCGGCGUGGGGAUGAGAUAUAGACCGAACCACGACAACAAAACAAGCCACCCAAAGAGGCAGCGCCAUCUUGGCGGCCCAUCCAGGGGCAGGGGCGAGACACAUGCGCACAGCAUCCGCGCAGACACCUCAUCCACCACACAGACAACACACCGCCACACACUCCUGCCGUCACAUGUCCCGCCUUCAUAUGCCGCGCCUUCAUGUGUCACGCCGUCACAUGUCACGCCGUCACACGUCACGCCGUCACAUGUUACGCCGCCGCACUCAUGUCACGCCGCCGCACUCAUGUCACGCUGUCGCACUCAUGUCACACCGCCGCACUCAGUCAUGUCCCGCCGUCGCACUCAUGUCACGCCGUCGCACUCAUGUCACGCCGCCGCACUCAUGUCACGCCGUCGCGCUCAUGUCACGCUGGUGCGCUCGUGUGUGUCACGCUGUCGCACUCGUGUCACGCGUCAUGCUGUCACAUGUCACGCCGUCACAUGUCACGCUGUCACAUGUCACGCUGUCACAUGUCACGCUGUCACAUGUCACGCUGUCACGUGUCACGCUGUCACAUGUCACGCUGUCACAUGUGGCAGCGCCACACAUAGCGCCCUCCCAGUCACAUGUGACACCGCCACACCUCGCGGCGCCACAUCUUGUCUUCAGUCAGGCACUUUGUGUUUGUGACGCGUCACGGCGUCCCACGUCACGCACCCCGCGCCGCGCGUCUUGCCGUCUUCACGCGUCUCGCCAGUGGAUGCCCCCUCGCGCGUCACGCCUCUCAGCGCGUCGCGCCGUCACGCGUCCCGCUGAUACUCCCUCGCGCGUCACGCUCCUCACUCAGGUGGAUACGGCUCUCACAGGGUUCAACGGAGCGGCCCCCCGAGCGCGGGGGGGGGGCUGUGGAUCCCCGGGCCCCUUCUUGAGGCGUCUGCCGGGGGUGGAAGGCUUCCAAAGGGGUCCACUGGGCUGCCUCCGCUUCCUUUCAGCUCCCUGCGUGUGCCCCACAGGCUCGCUCCCUUUUUGCUGGAGCCUCGCCGCAGCAGCAUUGUGGAAGGCCUCUGAAGGCGGCAAAGGGCGCAAGGCUGGGCCCCCUGAGCUGUGUGGCUUAUACCCUCUUGGCCCUUGGUCAUCGGCCUGCUGGUUCUUGCCGCGCAUUUGAUGAGGGCAGCCCAGCAAAAGGGGCCAGGCCUCGAGACCGUGGCUGCUUUCGGCGGCUUUCUACCCCGGAGGCUUCCGGCCUGUGGGGGUCGGCAGAGGCGGGGACGCCCAUCGGGAACCUGCGGAGAGGCGCAAGGGGUCGCCUGCUUUCAGUUUUGCCGCUUUCCCCUUGCUUCCACCCUGAGAAUCCGCGAAAAGCAGCGCGGAAAAGAGCGCGCAAGCGCCAGGGGGGGGGCGUGCGUCCCCGUAUCAUAUAUCAGUAGACAUUAGCACUAGAAGUGACUUACUGCUAAUUUGAGGAGCCUCGCACCCACACCCCUCGCGACAGAUUCAGAAGACGACAUGUUGGAAGCCGGUCGUGGGAAUCGUAUGUUCACCCGUACAAAAACAGACGGGAGUUUGUUGAACUUGAGGCGCGUCAGCGUGAAGGUUGCUCAAGGCGACUCGAUUUCAGAGGAUGAAGACGAGGAGGACGACGAAGGCAGCUUCAUGACAUCCUCAUUGCAACUCGGGAUGAACGCAAAGCGGCAGUCAACAGUAUUUAUUAUCAUUCCAGAACUGGUGGCGGUUUCUCAGUGCAAUCUCGUUCCGAUCUUUCUUUGUAGUACUCAGUAGUACAACGGAGUCGCAGAAGUAGAACUAGUACGCGGUCCAAUAGUAUUAUUGACGAAAAUUGGCCUGAGCGACAAACUCCUAUGUCAGGACUUACUUAAAUGUCACUCUUCUAUUUUCCUUUUUCAGACACAGUAUACGAGUCCGGCCUCGUUUCUGAAGCACAAACUUCCAGGCGAUGGAACUGACAUGAAGGGUAUUUUGAAGGGGAAAGAUGACUUUUCCGCCUUAGCUGGCAGCGGCGCAGGCAUUUCCCCUUCAGUUAUGCUUUCAUCGCAUUCAAAUGUUUUACAGAUUGUAUGAAUGUUUUUCCCUAACGUAUUUUCUUCCUCAAUGAGCGUAAGAGAGGAUGAAACAAGUGGUGUCAGAUCAAGUGGUAAUCUUCGCUUCCAAUAAGAUUGUUAUCGUUAAGCUUGAUUGUCUAACGAAUGCAACUCUCCUGUGUCGAAUCAAGGCGCAUCGCAGCAGCCGACACCCACAAAACGCGUGUCGAUGUUCAUGCAGCAUGAUAUGGCAGCCGACAUCCGCCGGGGGGUGGCUUCUUUGCUCGAUGUUGAGGAGGAAGAGGAGGAAAAAGAUAUCACGGCGGAGGAAUUCUUAGAGUGGUAUUGGGAUGAGAUAGGCAAGAUCGCAAAAAAACGAAACCUCUACCAAAAACGUCUGGGUCUCAUUCGUGAGCGCGGAGUAAGGUUCAGAGACUAAGGCUUAUUGCGGAGGAGGUAGCGCAAAGUCGAGGUCUUGCACAAGAUUGCUCUUCCUUAGAAGAAUCCCGAAGCAAGUGUGUGUUGAAAAUUGCGCACGUAGUCUGAUCAAGAGAUAUGUUAGUUCUUAGUGAAACCAAAGCACUGUAAAGAUGAAGAUGAUUACGCAGAACGAAGCACUUUCGAUUCAGAUGAUUGAAUAGUAGAUCUGUAUGCGUAUCCGUUAGUCCCAAUGUUGUUAACUUACCCAUGGUGUUUUUUUGAACUCGUGUUUCCCUUGUUUCAAGUAAGUCAGUGAAAGUAAGUAAAUUUGAAAGUUCCAAGUUCGUACUCAGUGUCACAUGCAGCAGUAUCUGUAUCUUUCUAUAUCAUGUAAAUUGCAAUGAAGACAUGACCAUCUCUUUGAUGUGAACCGAUGAAUACUUUCUGUUUCGUGCUCCUCAAAGGAAGUGCAAGAGUCGAAUCUAUUCAUCAUCUGUGGU